UGGUGGUGUCGGAGAAAACAAGCAUGGAGAGGAGAGAAAAUCAAGAAAUAUGCACAGUACAGAAAGACUGGGGACCUCUCGUCAAUUGUAAACCGGUAUUAACACCAGAUUCUAAACACUUGUUAGCUGCCUCGGGGUGCUCAGUAAAGGUCUUCAGUACAGCAAGUGGGAGCCUCAUACAGGAAUUCAUAGGGCACAGACACAAGGUGAUAGGCAUUGUUCAACAUGGCGACCAGUACAUCACUUGUGAUACUAAAGGAGAGAUGCGCACAUGGUCCUCAGAAAAACAAGAAUGUCUUGAGAAAGUCAAGCUCCUGGAGGAGGAUUCGCAGAACGCAGGGCAGGUUGUGGCAUUCCAGGUACUGAAGGAGUGCCAACAGGUUCUCCUCCUGGUGAAGAAAAAUAGCAAGAAGAAAGGCCUACUGAUGAAGUUCUCGCGGCCGUUCGGCAAGGGAAGCCCGAUGAUUCUGGCCAAGGACGUGCAGCUGGGACAGGGCAAGAUGGGUGCUUCACACACUGAUGACUACAUUGCAUAUCUCACUGCAGACAGCCUUUCCAUCGCAGGCAAUGGAUGCACAGUUGCAGGCAAGGCAGUGUUAAGACACAUGGCAGGCACUCGGCCCUUCACCUGUCUGGUAUGGAAUCCCCAGCAGGAGAUGCUGGCGACAGGAGACAUCACCGGCCGCAUCGUGCUCUGGUACAACCUGACGAAUACAGUUCCCGCACAGACAAUCCUCCAUUGGCACACGCUGCCCGUCGAGGAUCUUGCUUUCUCAGUUCUAGGAAAUGAACUGUACAGCGGAGGAGGCGAGUGUGUGUUAGUCAAGUGGCUCCUGCCUGAGGACCGCAGACACUACCUCCCCCGUCUCGGAAUGCCCAUCAAAACCAUCACAACAGACGCCAGCAACAGUUUAGUCAUCACUGGCCACACGGACAAUGCAUUUACAGUCAUAGCAUCCAAGACCAAUAAAGUCCAAGGUAACAUUCAAGACCUUAGUAUCAAUUUGGAGAGCUCGGAGUCAUUCCCGGCCGGAAUCGUCUUUGACCCCAAAACGGGAGCGGUUGUCUUGAACGGAAGGACAGGACAUGUUCAGCUCUACGACAUUCAUCACAACAAACAGUUAUACCACCUGGACAUAACACAAACCAACUACAUCACUCGGGAGAGGCACCAGGUAAUCUACAAUACCCAGGUCAUACGCAUGGCCAUGUCUGCAGAUGGCCUUUGGCUGGCCACCGUAGAAUACAGGGAUGAUUUCCAAACGUCCAUAGAACAGCGAGUCAAAUUUUGGCAUUAUAGCAUCGUAGAUCAAAACUGGUACUUGGACACCAGCGUAGAGAUGCCACACGACAAAAGCAUAAACGGCAUCGUCGUCAAGCCUUCCACGGGAACUGCAAGUAGCCCGGAGUUUGUGACGUGCUCAGAUGACGGAAAGUUCAAGGUCUGGGAAAUCAUCAAGGACGCAAAUAUCUACCGCAAGAGUGAUUUCUGGAGCUGUAGUCGUGUAGGGUUCUACCGACACCUCCCAGCCACAGCCGUGAACGUGUCCCAUGAUGGAUCCCUGAUUGCUGCAGGCUUUGCCAACAUUCUCACCCUCUGGCUGCCACAGUCAUGCCACCUGAAGGGAACCCUGUCACAGCCCUACCUCAAGGAACAUAUCAAACAAAUAGAGUUUGGGAGAGGAGAGGGUUGUGGGUCACUCUUGGUUACAAGAACAGACAGCUGGAUCUGCUCGUGGGACCUUUUCACCUGCACGCUGUCUUGGCGGGUGGGCCUCCAGUCAACGUGCAUGGCAGCUGAUCCUCGUUCGUCCCACAUGGCUGUUUUCUCAAAGGACUGUUGUGUGUUUAUCUUCGAGCCCAACAGCAGUGAGCCCAUCUGCUGGAAACGGAACAUCAACCCCGCAGAAGUCACGUGCGCGGCCUUCAUUCCCCGCCAGACGAAACUCGACUCGGAGGAGGAGUGGAACGUGCACAGCAACCUGGUGUUCAUCGACAAGGACCAGACCCUCAGAGUCCUGGAAGAGAAAAGCAGUCAGCUGUCCGUGGAUGGAAGGGCGACGGAGAUUGUGAAGCACUUCGAGCAGGAGACCCUAAUGAAACCAGCCGCCACCCCCUUCGCUGCCCUCGUUGCUCAGACCCGCACGUCCCACGCAGGCAGGGAGAAGACCAGCCAGAAGGGAUCAGCUGCCUUUGGGGUCCAGGUGGAGAAUUCGAUGUCGUUUAUACAGAAGAUGAUGAAUGAUGCCCGUGUGUACAGAAUGGAAGCCUUUGCCAGCAUGACGGCCAGCUACUGCAACCUUCUCAUCCCCGCAGCUGUCACAAGCGAAGAGAAGCAAGUCCAGCAGAUGAAGGAAGAACAGCAGAGACAAACAGAAAUGCAGAGGAAGAAGACAAAGAAAAUGGCCAAGAAGAAGAGGAAAGACCUGGAACGGGUGCCCAACGCUGACUUCAGCGAGCUCUUGGAACGGCUCAGCUGACGAGGGUUUUUUUAAGGCGGAGGGAGUCGUUCGCGCGUCGGGUCGUCAAAGCUGGAAAGGAGGAGGAGAAAAGAAGGUCGCUCGACAAAACCUGGACGAAAUGAAAGACACUUUUUCUUAUAUAUCUCUUUUCCCUUUAUUUUUUAUUUUUUUCUUCUUCUUCUUCUCCUCCUUUUCUAGUUUAUUCUUUUCUGUUAUUGAUUAUGUGAUUAUUGUCACUGUUGUAUUUACAGUGAUUUUUUUUUUUUUUUCGCCAGGAUCCUCAAGCAUAUAUGGGUGGGAAGUUGCAAGCAUGUUUUAUGCAUAAUGUAUAGUAAAUUAUUGUAUCUUUUUUUUUUUCAUUUGUCUUGGAAUUUAAUAAGUUGUUUUUUGUGUUAUUGACUGCACAAUUUUGCAGAGACUGAACAUUGAUGUAUCUGUCCUAUCCUGCUUGUUGUUGUUAUAUGCAUCAUCAUUACAGCUAUCUUUGUUUAUUAUUUUUAGUAGUAUUAUCAUUGUUACUAUUUUUGUCAUUGCUAUUAUUAUUAUUAUUAUUAUUAUUGUUGUUAUUAUUAUUAUUAUUAUUAUUAUUAUUAUUAUUGUUAUUGUUAUUGUUAUUAUUAUUAUUAUUAUUAUUGCCAUUAUUAUUAUUAUUAUUGUCAUUAUUAUUAUUGUUAUUGUUAUUAUUAUUAUUAUUAUUAUUGUAUUAUUUUCAUUAUUUUUCUUCAUAUUGCUAUUAUUUUGAAUGUUGACAUACAAAAUCAGAGGUUUUAUAUGAACUUUCAUUCGUGGAGUUUGCGUAUGUGCUAUGACAUGAAAAGUAUUUUUGUAAAAAUAAAUACAAAGUAUAAUAAAAGAAUGCAAACAUU